AUCAUCUUGCUUCUGUUCUUGUCUCAGUCCUUUCUUCUAUGUUCAGGUCGUGAAGAGGACGAAGCUGGUCAAACGAGGAAGCUUGGAGUUUUUAUAAGAAAAAGGGGAGGAGGAGGAUACAGAAGGGCUCGCACCACCACAUCAGCUUCUGCAACACUUUUGUCAGGCUCCUUCCACAUGACUGCUUGCCUUGUCUCCUCUUUCCUGCUCUCUCUUCUUUUCUAGGUUUUUUCUACUGUCAAAAGUGGUCUUCUUUUUUUUAAUUUCUCUACAAGAAUUGUAGUGGUCGAUAGUAGUUAAUGUCAACAAGAACUCUCUGUAUUCUCAUAUAAGUUUGAGUUCUACAUGUGUGUGUACAACAUGAAUGCUUUGAGCUCUAUGCUUUGGUCUU